UCUAAGAUGGCGGAUGAAGGAUGCAUGUGCUAGCUUGAAUUAGCUGUUCAAGUCAUGUCCUUGCGGAGGUUUACACUUUUUUUUCACGCAAGAACGUUUUAUGUCUUAAAUACACGGCUCAAUUUUGGUCUUUGUUCGUCAAACGUCUCUAGGAAUUUUGGAUCCGCCAAACUUUACGAACCUCCAGUUCACAACUAUUACAAUUUUUUUGCUUCAAAGGAAAGAUUCUUCAAACCUUCAUUUCGAUGUAUUAGCACUGCAUACCGUCUUCUUCAAGAAAGCAGUAUAUCGAUUGACGAAGAAACAAGUGCCAGUGUAAAGGACAAAGGGACGAUCAUUUCUCAAUUGAAUUCAGAAUUUUACGAAGAAGAUGUUGAUAUCCCACACAAGCAAACGGAGCCUCGUGCAACAGUUAAACAGUACCAACUAGAUCAAAAUGGUUAUAUGAAUGUGGAAGACCUCGUAGACUUCCUUAAAAGAGAGAGUGCGGUGGAUAUUUGUGUGAUCAAAACAAGAGGAAUCAGGCAAAAUUAUGUAGACUACUUCGUUGUUGUUAGCGGUGUCUCUACAAGACAUAUCAGGGCAAUGGCGAAAAAUCUGGAACAACUGUUCAGAGGUAAAAUGUUACAAGGCAUUGGAAAAGGUGGGUAUCCUGUGGUAGAAGGAAUGGAGAGUAAUCACUGGGUAGCCUUAGAUAUAGGUAACAUUGUUGUGCACUUCUUUCUUCCUGAAGUGCGGGAGGUGUAUGAACUGGAGAAGCUUUGGACUCUAGGGCCAGAGUAUGAUGACCAAUCAAGAGCCUUUCUGGAGGAAGAGAGAUUUCGUCAAGCCACUGAGUAUGGUAUAAAACUUGACAAACCAGUUGGUGAGGAUGGUUUUGUUGUUGAAGAGCUUGGCUUAGAUGAUCCACGCCGCUAUUGAAGAUAACUUUUUAAAGUGGUGAAACCAUAGGAGGGAAACAUAGUUUAAUGUAAGCCUCAAACGAGGUGUGUUUGCAAAGUAUGCAUUCUUCUUCAGGCAUAGAAUGGAUGAAACGAUAUAAAGAAACUGUAAAUCUUUGAAUAGCCCCCUUGAAAUCUCACCAUACCUCUCUCUGAGCAGAACUUAACAAAAUUAUAGAGAAAUGAAUGAAUGGGAUACGUUUCUAAAGAAAAUGUGGGGCUGCGUCAGUGGGGGUAACAAGAUAAUUUGGUUUUAUUAACUAAGUUGAA